CCGGGGGCGGGGCCGCCUGGGGGAUGAAGUCGGGGGCACUCGGCUCGCCAGCCUCGCUCACAGCUGCUGGGCGCCAGGCAGAGCGUCCCCAGCCUCCGGACGGGCGUGCAGACCUCUGACCCUGGAGUCUCUUGGCCGCCGGGAGUCGUCCGCUUGGGUCGUCGCCCGGGCCGCCCGCCGUUCUCCGGCCCCGAGGGGCCCGGCCGGCAGCUGCGAGGGGAGAGGUCAGCAUGAGCCUGGGGGUCCGGCGGGCCGGCGCAGGGCAGGGGGCGGCGGCCGCGGUGCAGCUGCUGGUCACCCUGAGCUUCCUCCCGAGUGUCGUCGAGGUCCAGGUCACCGGUGUCCUGGAUGACUGCUUGUGUGAUGUUGAUAGCAUCGAUAACUUCAACACCUUCAAAAUCUUCCCCAAAAUAAAAAAGCUGCAAGAACGAGACUAUUUCCGUUAUUACAAGGUCAACCUGAAGCGACCGUGUCCUUUCUGGGCAGAAGAUGGCCAUUGUUCAAUAAAAGACUGUCAUGUAGAGCCUUGUCCAGAGAGUAAAAUUCCAGUUGGAAUUAAAGCUGGGAGUUCUAAUAAGUACUUGAAAGUGGCAAACAAUACCAGAGAAUUAGAAGAUUGUGAACAAGCUAGUAAACUGGGAGCAAUUAACAGCACAUUAAGUAAUCAAAGCAGAGAAGCUUUCAUUGACUGGGCAAGAUAUGAUGAUUCACAGGAUCACUUUUGUGAACUUGAUGAUGAGAGAUCUCCAGCUGCUCAGUAUGUAGACCUUUUGUUGAACCCUGAGCGUUACACUGGCUAUAAAGGGUCCUCUGCGUGGAGAGUGUGGAACAGCAUCUACGAAGAAAACUGUUUCAAGCCUCGAUCUGUUUAUCGUCCUUUAAAUCCUCUGGCCCCCAGCCGAGGAGAAGAUGAUGGAGAAUCGUUCUACACGUGGCUAGAAGGUUUGUGUUUGGAGAAAAGAGUCUUCUAUAAGCUUAUAUCGGGACUUCAUGCUAGUAUCAAUUUACAUCUAUGUGCAAAUUAUCUUUUGGAAGAAACCUGGGGUAAACCUACCUGGGGACCUAAUAUGAAAGAAUUUAAACGCCGCUUCGACCCUGUGGAAACCAAGGGAGAAGGCCCAAGAAGGCUAAAGAAUCUGUACUUUUUAUAUUUAAUUGAGCUUCGAGCUUUAUCAAAGGUGGCCCCGUACUUUGAGCGCUCAAUUGUCGAUCUUUACACUGGAAAUGUAAAAGAGGAUGCCGACACAAAAACCCUUCUACUGAAUAUCUUUCAAGAUACAAAGUCCUUUCCCAUGCACUUUGAUGAGAAAUCCAUGUUUGCAGGUGACAAAAAGGGGGCCAAAUCGUUAAAGGAGGAAUUCCGGUUACAUUUCAAGAAUAUCUCCCGUAUAAUGGACUGUGUUGGAUGUGACAAAUGCAGGUUAUGGGGGAAAUUACAGACUCAGGGUUUAGGAACUGCCCUGAAGAUAUUAUUCUCAGAAAAAGAAAUCCAAAAGCUUCCAGAGAACAGCCCAUCUAAAGGCUUCCAACUCACUCGACAGGAAAUAGUUGCUCUUUUAAAUGCUUUUGGAAGGCUUUCUACAAGUAUAAAAGAGUUACAGAAUUUCAAAGUCUUAUUACAACACAGUAGGGAUACAAGUAUUGUCUGGUGGGAGAGGGGGACCUUCAGGUAAAUUUGUCUAAAAAGUGAAUAUCUAAGUAAUCUUGCUGGUAAAUUAAUAAGAAUUAUUCUUAGUGUUUUUCAGAGUCUAAGAAAAUGUGAAUGUUUUGCACUUUGUCUAUUAUUACUGUAAGUUUAAAAAUCUUUUUGGUAGUGUUAGUUCACCGUUCCCUCAGUUAAAGAUAAAGGCUAUUAUUUAAGCUCUAUUUCCUGGAGAAAAUCUUUGGUCGUUUCCAUUUAAAAAGUUCUUUUAAAGGUUUUAACAGAUCUUUCACUACCAAGAAAAUAAACAAAUGAAGUAUUCUUAAGCUGAAAUCUAUUUGAUUAACUUUAUUUUACCAUAAAUUAGAUUGUGGUGGGCAGCCUACAUUUUCGUGUAUGUGUGUGCUUUUUAAAUGAAUGUGUAAGUGAUAGGAAUCUUUGUUUUGUGAGCCUGGUGAUGUUUUAUGGUCCUUGUGAUACAAACUUUUUUCCAACUCACAUACCUUUUUGUUGUCAAGUGAUACUAGAGUACCGACUGCAUUGUGAAAAUGCUUGCCUGGCAAUAAUACCUCUUGGCAUUUUGUCUUUAUCUCAUCACCUAAUUUAAAAGUCCAACACUUGAUAAUAUAACUUGACAGAAAUGAUUGUACCAGCUGAUAAAGUAAUGAAAAUGCAGAAAAGGAAAAUGUUCCUUCCUUCAAUGGCAUGAGUUUAUUUUUUUUUCUUAAGUGGCAUCUAUGUACGUUAGAAAUACUGUAUAUUAAAACUGGUAAAUUUAAAGGUUUCUCUUGUGUUGAUUCUUAGAUUAUGAGGAGGAUCAGACAAAAUAUUAGUAAUGGUUUUUACAGUUUUGAAAUCCGAUAAAUCCAACGUUUUAUUUUGACAUUUUAACAUUGUGAAUUACUCAGUACUUGUGAUCUCUGUACGUAUGUGAAACACUGUACCAUGUUUUCCAGCUCUAUCUAGGCGCCACUGUAUAUAAGAAGGGACAGCUCUUUUGAUCUCUGUCAGCAUUGCCUUCAUCUGGAAACUUGGGAACAGUUCACAGUAAACCUCUCAGCAGUUUGCACACUGAAGUACCUGCAGAAACCAUAGCUAUUCACCAAAAUACAGACUGGGUGCGUGGAACCAUGGAAAUUACUUGGUAAAACAAAACAACAUAGACACACACCAAAUUUAUGUGUACUCUAUUUUAAGUAACAUCUAUGGGUGCAGCUUUGAUUUUGAACAGAAUUCCAAAUAAUUUGCUGUUGUACCCACCAGAUUAUAGAAAAUGUGAAUUAAAUGUU